AUGUCUUCACCAUCACUACCAAUCCAUAUAAAUGCGGCUGGCUCGAUAGGCGUAACCAACAAUACCGAUGAUACUAUAGAUGAGUAUAUUGUAGGAGGAUACCGACUAGCUGAGGGGGACCUGACUACCUUCCAUUACUUCCAAAAGCUGCCCACCAAGCUACGUCUGAUGAUCUGGAAAAUAACCUGUAGCAAUCCCCGAGUUAUAGAAGUUCUCCAUGGCAAGACCAAAUUCGAAAACAAUCCGUCUAAUACGCCUGUACCAGCACUUCUCCAUGUAUGCCGCGAGGCUCGUGCAGAGGGUUUGAAGGUUUACGAAAAGCUUCCUGAUUGUGGUGACCUACACAGGUACGGCACAACAUAUGUGAAUUGGGAGGUGGAUCACAUUCUGCUUGAAGAUUGCAUCUUAGACAGUCAAACCCACAACCCCCAGCACUCGUUACUCCACGACGAUUUCCAAAAGUGCCGUCAUUUGGUCCUAGGCGCUAGCAGAAUGAAGUCCUUCAUAUUUCCACAGAUCGGCAGGAAUUAUUAUGGAAUUAUGACGACGGCCAAGAAAGCACUCAAAACAAUUAAAAUUGAAUCGCUGACGGUUCUUAUGACACGUCCUAAAAGAACCAGAAACCUUGUCAAAAGAAUCAAAGUCGACCAGCGACGAAGUCAUACCGAUCCUUGUCAAGGUCUGGUGUUGUUGCACAUGUUAAAGGAAAAAUUUCCAGAUAUUGAAAUAAGAGUUGGUCAAUUGGAAGGGGAAGCAAGGUAUCGUAUUCGGACGGCGAGACGAACGACUCCCCCUCAGGUUCGCAGACAUCAAUUUACCAAGCAAACCCGCUACGCACUUCGUUCAAGCGACAAAUCUUAG